GCUGCUCAAUUUUUCAAGAUGUCGUCGCUGGAACAGAGGCUUUCGCGAAUCGAGGAGAAACUAAAACAAGAAAAUGAAGAGGCUCGACGUAGGAUUGACAUUAACAUCGACAUGAGUCCACAGCGGUCACGUCCCAGGCCAAUCAUCGUGAUCCAGCUCAGUCCUGCUCCAGCCCCUUCCCAACGCGCAGCGCUUCCACUGCCGCUGGCCAAUGAUGGAGGCAGCCGCUCAUCUUCAUCAGAGAGUUCACCCCAGCACCACCAUUACCCCAGCCGCAGACACCGCCUCACCCUGCCCACGCCCCCCUAUGGACAACAGAAGAGCCUAGAGAAUGCAGAAAUUGACCAGAAAUUACAGGAGAUCAUGAAACAAACAGGUUAUCUGAAGAUUGAUGGUCAGCGGUAUCCAGCCGAGGUAACAGAUUUGAUCAGUGAGGGGGAGAUCGGAAGUGGGACCUGCGGACAGGUUUUCAAAGUGCGCUUUAAGAAGACUGACCAUGUUAUUGCUGUCAAGCAAAUGCGUCGAACAGGAAAUAAAGAUGAAAACAAGCGGAUUCUUAUGGACCUGGAUGUUGUGCUCAAGAGUCAUGACUGCCCCUACAUUAUUCAGUGCUAUGGUGCUAUAGUUACUAAUACUGAUGUAUUUAUUGCCAUGGAGUUAAUGGGAACAUGUGCAGAGAAGUUAAAGAAGAGAAUCCAAGGCCCCAUCCCAGAGCCAAUCCUAGGAAAAAUGACUGUAGCUAUAGUAAAGGCGCUGCUGUACCUGAAAGAGAAACACGGUGUUAUACACAGAGACGUCAAACCCUCCAACAUCCUUUUAGAUGCUAAGGGUCAGAUCAAACUGUGCGAUUUCGGCAUCAGUGGGCGACUGGUCGACUCCAAGGCAAAGACACGCAGUGCAGGCUGUGCUGCGUACAUGGCAGUGAGGAGAAUAGAUCCCCCAGAUCCUACCAAACCGGACUAUGACAUCCGCGCGGACGUGUGGAGUCUUGGCAUCUCUCUGGUGGAGCUGGCCACAGGACAGUUUCCAUAUAAAAAUUGCAAGACAGAUUUUGAGGUUCUGACCAAAGUGCUACAGGAAGAUCCUCCACUACUGCCUCUCAGUAUGGGCUUUUCUCUGGACUUCCAGUCCUUUGUUAAAGACUGUCUCACAAAGGAUCACAGAAAAAGGCCAAAAUACCACCCACUACUUGAGCAUAGUUUCAUCCGUCGUUACGAAGUGCUCGAUGUGGACGUUGCCGGUUGGUUCCAGUCGGUUAUGGAGCGCACAGAGUCUCCGCGCAGCAGUCAGUGUUACAGCCACCAGCACCAGCUCCAUUCACUCUUCAGCAGGUAGCCUGACCCUGCAUUAGCCUAGCCACGUGCUAGUCUACCCCAGCUUUAGCUUUGCCAAGUGAGACAUGGCUCAGUUUGUUUUAGUCUAGCAUAAAGAGCGAAGCCUGACGUGACACUCACAACCAUCUGCCCAGCGGAAGAGCCACUGAGGAGCAGCACCAAGCCCAAGGAGAAGGACUGGUGAUGAGGGUUUGAAAUCUGGACAGGCAGACAGGGCGCAGGGGGAUAAAGUUUAACAGGGCUGCACCCACUUGCUGUAUAUUUUAUUUCCUACCGUUUUAUUAACCGCCGCUGGUUUGGUCAACAGCGUAGUCACUACACACUGGAACAUUUUCUGCUACAUUAGCAAUAUGGAUCACUUCUGUACAUAAUCAUAAGACACAACUUGAUUGUGUAAUUAUUUAAACCAGGUUUCUCUGUGUUCACACUUUCUCAGGCUGUAUCUGUAUUCAUUUGUCUGUAGUACUUUUUCUUAUAGGGAUAAUAUUUUUAUACUAGGUAACAAUUGACUUACAUUACACUACAAUCAAAUUAUGUUGCUAUUAAGGUAAUUUUCUCAUUAGCCAUUAUAGAGUACACAUUUUUAUUUAAUUUGUGAUUGUUCUAAUUAUUGAUGUAGAGCUGAUGUUCUUAUGAGGUGAGUUAUUGAGAAAUAGUGCAGUAGAUUUACUCCUAUGAGAACAGCUGAUAAGGAGAGUAAGAAAGUUAGAUGAGAAGAUGACGAGGUGUGGUGCUCAGGUGAUUGUGGUGAGCCAGGUUUGGUGGAAUUGUUGCAGGGUACAUUUGGAGCAUUGCUUUACUUUACUAUCUGCCUACCUCUUUGACCACCUCUUGUUUGGUUUUAGGUGUCAAUGCUUCCACUGUGUUACAGACCAAAAGUUUAGUGUCAUUUGUAAGUGGUGAUCAAUGUAUUUAGCACUCCUUUAAAUACAGAAGUGUAGUGCUAGUUUAUUGUAUGCAUUCAGUGAUUCAGUGUAAAGAUAUAGUCUAUCUCACACUUUGGAUUUUGAAUUUAAACCUGUAACAAGUCCCUGCUAUAGUCUGGAAUAGAGGUCCCACUCCAAGGCACUCACCAAAUUAAAUUUAAGACUGAAGAGAGGGUAGAAGAAGAACUAUGAAGUAAAGUGUAGGGGACAGAGGCAUGUUGAAGAGAAGGAAAGGAGGACUCUGAGUCAGGAGUUUGUGUGUUCAAGUGUUUGAACUGAGGAAGUGGCAAGUAAGAAGACUGUUAAAGGAAAGUCGAGAGCAGACGGACAACAGAAAGGCUUCAUUUAUGAACAAAUGUAGGUGUCAAGAACUAUUGUAAAACACCUUUACUGUGGCACACACAUAUAUAGUAGUUAAAAUUAGUUAGCGAUAGCUUUUGGGCUCUUUGUUGUUUUGUUUGGUUAUUUAUUUGCAAUGUUGCUGCUUUUUGCUUUAGGCACUGCUGUCACCUGUUUUUUUCCAAAGUACAAAUAUUUUUAUUUUAUACCAAAAACGUGAAAUAAUGCAAUGUCUGCAUGUGUUACCAAAUAAGAGCAUGUUUGAGAAGAGCGAAGGCAAAUGUAAUAAGAGAGGGUGCAGAGAGAAUGAGUACUACUAACACAUAGAGCAGUUACCUGUAUUAUAUAUUGUACUGUACACAGUACUGCAUCUAGUAUCUAACACGCUAAGGGGUGUCUGUCUGUCCAGAUGUUUUUGUCAUAGCUCCUCUUUUCUGUUCAUCUUCCCUCACUAUCACCAGGGUUACACCAAAGGUGUUGAUCAAAACUACAAAUGAGUGUUGUAAGAACUGUUGUUAACAUUAUAUUGAUUAUCCUUAUCAUUGCUAAAAGACUUGGAGCUAGGAGCAGAGGUGUCACACUGCCUGUAUAUGUGUGUAAUACUGUACAGAGGGAGACUGGUACACUACCAACACAACACACGCAGAGUAUCAAUACUAUUCAAAACAGCUGUUAGUCUGUUUGGAUAAGUAAUUUUAAGAACAGUUCAUGUUAUAGUAGUAAUUGGUUGUCCUAUACUAUUUGCUUACACUAAAUGUAAAUACAUUCUAUUUUAAAUUGCAUAUUGGGUAAUUAUCCCAUUUAUGUAAAAUCUGUGUACACUAAGAGAUAAAUAACAUAAGCUGUGCAGGAGCCUCGCUUCAUAACAGUUGUACAUAAUGGAGCCAAGACAUAAGCAUUGCAAUGUGUCCAAUAGGGGCUUAUCCAGCUGCACUAUGGGAUGUGUAGUUAAAGCCAGUCUCCCACUGUAAAACUCUGUAUUAAGCUGUUGUAUAAAAGUAAACACACACGCAUACACAGUCCUGCUCUUUUGUUUCUGAGCACCUCUGUGUUCAGCUCAUCAAUGACACAUAACUAAUGUAUAAAGUCAUCCCACUGUACAUAGGGAUGCUACUGCCAACAGUGGCUUUAUCUGUAUAUUCGCUUCCACAGCAACUAUAAAAGUACUUGAGCUAGUGUUGCUGUGCCGCGCCUUGCCACCAGGGAGCAGUGUGUGCGUGUGUAACAUAGCCCCAUUUGUAAGUUAACCAAAUAUCAUUUUUCACUAUGCAGGCAUUCAAACCACGUCCGCUUGCUUUGAUGGGGAUUAAAUGUGUUUGUAAACCCAACUCAUGUAAGGUUAGCUGCAGUGACAUUGUUUUAUUAUUUUAAGCCCCUCCAUGUGAAGACCAUCUGUCUGAGGGAAACUGAGGGAAAGAGUUUUGUGUUUUUUUUGUUUUUUUUUUAAAACAAGCUGACAAAUAAUUUAGGGAUGACUUAUAUUCAGCUCAGUACAGACAACGUAAAAACUUAUUAUUCAUAAUUGAAAGAUGCAAGUGUUCAACCACAAAACUAGAAUAUUCAAAAUAAAUGGUUUGUUUAAACUCAAACCACAACUUAAAUCAUUUGAGCUUUUACCGAGCAUUUGGAAAUACACUUAAUUUCAUGUUUGUAGUCCUCUUGAACCAAAAACAGGGACACAGAGGACCUGCUUAGCUUUGAUUUUAUGGGGAUAAACUGACAAAUGCUGUAAAGUACCGUACAUCAAAUGCAUGUUAUUUUCACCACUGUAACUGCCAUCGUUUUUUUUUUGUACUCCUUUUUUCCGUUUGAUUUUGCAAAGCAACAGUUGAUAUAAGGCGGGGAUGCACAAAUGUUUAUUUAUGAUUUUUACACAUGUAGUUUGUUUGAAUUUAUGCCUUUUUUUUUUUGCAAUAUACUUUCCCCUGUUGGAGCCAUCGCUAGGUGUCACAGAGGAGCUGUAUCUUCACUUUUGUUAGGGACAGUGUUCAUUUAUGUCAAACCGUUAGCUGUGCAGGUGUGAACAGAGUGUGUGAACUUUAUGGUCUACCAAAAGUCUUUAUCAAUGGUGAUUAUUAAUAGCUUUUAUUUUGCUGUUUUUUUAUUAUACAAGUAAUUAUUGCUAUGUUUUAUUACCUUUAUAUGAUAUUGUUUUUAUUUUAUUCAGGGCAAAGUUGACACCAAAUUGAACAAAGAGCUGGAGGCUGAUCCCAAUGUAUGAGAAAAGGUGAAUUGACAUGUUAAAGGUGCACUGCGAAACAUUUCUUGUGGAAGGUCCGCCACCUGCUUGUCUCCAUGGAAAUGUAAUUGCUUUGUCUAGAAUGUUCCACAGUAUAGAAUAAAUCUAUCAGCAGGUUACAGCACUACACGACAUUACAGUUCAGAUCUGGGGAGCGUUGCCCCUAUUCACUAAAGGAAUUAUGUAUUUUUGAGCAGUUGAUUCACUGUAAUGAGUAAAUGCUAGAUGGAAAUGUUUAAAGUCGCACCAUGGAACAUUAACAUCAACAACAUGGAAACCAAUAACAUCUCUAAGGACCCUAGACCAGAACAUUUUCACAGUGCACCUUUAAUUUAAGUCUGUAACCUUUGAACUGCCACAGGAGGAGAGCCUUGAGUCUGAACUGAAAGUCAUAGUAUUUUAAUUGUUGCUUUAUAUAUUUUUUGAUCAGAUAAUAAUGAUCGGUUUAUUUUACCCUCGUUUCGGGUCAUAAAUUGCGUGCUGUUAUUUUAUCCCUUUUAUUAUUACAAUUUUAUUUUAAUAUUUUUUUGUAUUCUUUUCGGUUGGUCCGUUGCUGUAGUAAUGAGCUGAUACCAGAGUGUUUUUUUCCCUUAAUGCUGAGAUUGUUUUGACUGAUGUUGCACUUGCGAUGGGUGUCUAUUUUUAUUAUUUUUUCUUGAAGCUAAAGGACAAUAUUAUUUGAUUUUCUUUCUGUGCGUCGCGAUCACUAUUUUGUAUUAAUCGUAGAUCUGUGACACAGAGCAAGAUUGAUUCAACAGUGUAUUUUUUUCACUGGUAUUUAUUUAUUGUUUGUUUGUAUGUACGUACGUUAUUUUUGGUUUUGUUUUCUGGUGUCUAUUUCUUGUAUUGUGAGGGCGAACAGGACUCAACAGUUUCUAAACAUAAACCAUUAUCACACUACUUGAGUCCUGCAGAUUGACAUGUUCGGCAAAAUAUUCAUGGCAUGUAUUUGAAUUGUUUUAGAUCAGCCAGUAUGAGGAAUGCACAAUAUAGCAAUAGGCUUGAUAUGAAAUACUCAGUUAUAUUUAUUGACCAAUUUAAUUAUGAUAAUUUAAUCAUUCUGGCAUACUUAAAGGUACAUUGUGUACCUUUCUGGAGCGGAUCCACAACUUGUUUAUCUCCAUGGAGGUGUUAAAAUACUGUAGACAAUUUAAACCAAAGCAUUAAUUAUUAAACAGGGUUCCCACAGUCAUGGAUAUCCUGGAAAAGUCAUGGAAAUUGAGUAUCUCUUUCACGCAACUACAGACUUCUGUUAAGUUAUCGUUAGGCUAUUAUGAUUCUUUCCAAACAUAUGCUCCUUUUGUUUAAAAGAGAACAAUAAAUGCACUGACAGAAUUUUGACUGUUAAAAAAACUAUAAUACCAAACCAUAACGUGAGUGGAAAGAGUAAAUUUUUCAGAUUUAGCCCUAAAAAAAAGGUAUUCUAAAUUCUACACAUGUAUAGUGCCGUAAAGUCAUGGAAAAUUCACUUCAGGUUUUGGAAAAGUUUUGAAAUUUUGUCAGUGAAAAAGAGUGGGAACCCUAAUUAAACCACUCUGUCUUGCAUUUAUUAAAAUACAGGUCUUAGUUAUUGCUCAGAUAUCUAGAAUGGGGUCGCCUCUCUGCAAACCUAACCUGUAAUUUGGUUUGCAAGUCUCCAUGGAGAUUCUUAAGUUUUAUGUCUCUCCAUGGAGACAAGCAGAUGAAUAUGUUACACAGUGCACCUUUUUAAUGGAGUUCAAGCAACAUAUUUACUUAACAUGAGUAGAAUGAUAAAAGACCUAACCGAGACAAAAUGUGUGUGUAGGUGUUAUAUUGUGCAGCUCUUGCUUUACUGUGCCACAACUGUAAAUUUAAUACUAUAUUUGAUAGUUACUCGAGUACAUAUUGGGGUAUUUAUAACAGUACAAUGUGGCCCUCUUUAAUAAUAUGUGAUAGUUGAAUAUUAUUGACAGUGGCUUGGGUUAUGACUGCAUGGUGUGCUUUGCAGUGUGGAGGAUUCAGCAGGUGCUGUCUCAGUUUCAAAGCUUGUUAAAUGUACGACACCACUGAUAUAUUGUCUUGUAUCAAUUGACACAGCUUUACCGCCCUUUUUAUUUGUUGUUUUUUGACUGUUAUUUUAUUACCCCGGCCUCAACCCUAGUCUCAUUUCAAACUGAAUAAAUGCCAUUAUAUUGUGAAUACCUCAGGAUUUUUGGAGAUAAAAACAAUAAAACACCUAAAAAUCAAAUAAAUAAACAUAAAAACCUAAA